AUGCUAGGCAUCCAAGGACUCGCAGACGCAUCGUUCAAAGGCGAUCCGCGGUGGAAACGGGCGUCGAAAUGGACCGGCUACGGGCCCUGGAUAGUUCUCACGCUGGCGGUGCUCAGUAUGAUUGAGAUCGCUUUGGGGGCCGUGUGGAUCUCGUCGAUGAAGACCGAGUUGAAUUUCGCCCAGGUCAUCCAGCCCCUGAUCGUCCCGGGCCUCUGUUUCUUCAACACAAUCCCCUCGCUGCACUUACACGUCCUGGCACGGGUGAACCCGCCGCGGCUGGCGUUGUGGUUCUCGGCGACGCUGUCGGCCUUACUUUUCGUCAGUGCGCUUGUCUUCAUCGGCUCUUGCGCCGGUCGGUCUGGCAACAACAACAAAGGUUCGUUGCAGCGGGACGAGUGUCCUGCCGGCACCGGUGGGAAGGCGGGUAUCUGGGACGCCAUGGUCGCGCUACAGUUGGUCAGUGCUGUCAUGUAUGCGGCAAUGGCCGUCAUGGCAUGGAAAGUGAAGAGCGUCCUGGAGGCCAGAGACCAGAGGAUCGCCGCCGGAGUCGAAUUGGUCAGUCAGGAGGAAAAGGAAAGGAGGGAGAGCGAGGCCCGAGAGAGGUGGAGAUAUCUUUCUGCUGGAUGA